AUGAGCACCUCGGCCGACGUCGACAACGGCAUCCUGCGUCCGAGACCACGAAAACCCCAACAGUCGACCGUGGCAGCCCUCUCGCCGUCUACCGAGACCGACACGACCACCUCAUCGACGGGAGCGGCAUCAUCAUCCAGCCUGCACCUCGGAUCUCUGGACAGCCAUGACCACCUGAGUCUGGGCCAGGCUCACAGCCAGAACGGGACGGCGACGGCCAGCGGCGUGACGAGCGGGCGAUCGACACCGGUACCGGAGAACGCCCCGCCGUCGGCCAAGUCCCUGUCAUCGGCGCGGCGACAGGUGCGGGCGGAGCGGCGGCGGCGCAUCUUCCCGACGACCGAGUUCGCGUCGCGCGUGUCGCACUUUGACCCGGCCUCGGACUACCGCGACUUCCACGGCUUCUUCAACCUGUUCUGGAUCGGUCUGGCCAUCAUGGGCAUCACGACGAUGCUGCGCAACGUGCGCGACAACGGGUUCCCGCUGCGCAUGGGCAUCUGGUCCCUCUUCACCGUCAAGCUCGGCCACCUGGCCGUCGCCGACGCCCUGAUGGUGGCCAGCACCGCCGUCAGCAUCCCCAUCCACCACCUCGCCCGGUCGGCCGCGCGCGACGGCGCCAUGACCUGGCGCAGGGGCGCCAUGGCCCUCCAGAGCGUCUACCAGGCCGCCUGGUUCGCCGUCUGGGUCGUCACCCCCUUCUACUUCGAGUGGACCUGGACCGCCCAGGUCUUCCUGCUGCUGCACACCAUGGUACUCCUCAUGAAGAUGCACUCCUGGGCCUUCUACAACGGCCACCUGUCCGAGACCGAGAAGCACCUCCAGGCCCUGGACCACGACCACGAGGCCAAGGAGAACCGCCGUCCGGCCCGCCUCUAUCCCAGCCCCACCACCGACGUAGCCGCCGCCGCCGCCACCGCAACUCCGGACGACACCACCACCACCACCACCACCACCCAGCAGGAGGAUGAGAAGCAGCAGCAGCAGCAGCAGCAGCGGCGGCGGCGUGAGGAUCAGGAUCGGGAUCAGGAUCAGGAUGAGGCGGUCGAGAUGCUCAGGGAGGAUCUGGCGCGCGAGCUCACGUCGCCGAUGGGCAACGUCACGUACCCUCGCAACCUCAGCUGGGCCAACUACGCCGACUACCUCCUCUGCCCUACGCUGUGCUACGAGCUCGAGUACCCGCGCGUGGAGGAGGUCAACUGGACGUCGCUCGCGUCCAAGGUGGUGGCCACCUUUGGCUGCAUCUUCCUCCUGACCAUGACGUCGGAGGACUUCAUCCUGCCCGUGCUGGCCGACGCGGCCGCGCGGCUGCACCCGGCGGGUACGGAGGCGUCGGGUCCCCUCCACCCCUCGGUCCCCCCGUCCGAGUGCCUCCUCAUCCUGGCCGAGACGGUGUCGUGGCUGCUGUUCCCCUUCAUGCUCACCUUCCUGCUCGUCUUCCUCGUCAUAUUCGAGUACGUCCUCGGCGCCUUCGCCGAGAUCACCCGCUUCGCCGACCGCCACUUCUACGCCGACUGGUGGAACUCGACCGACUGGAUGGAGUUCUCGCGCGAGUGGAACGUGCCCGUCUACUCCUUCCUGCGCAGGCACGUCUACUCGGCCUCGAGGCCCCUCGUCGGCAAGCAGACGGCCACCGUCAUCACCUUCCUCAUCUCCGCCGUCGGCCACGAGAUCGUCAUGGCCUGCAUCACCAAGAAGAUACGAGGUUACGGCUUCGUCUGCCAGAUGCUCCAGCUUCCCAUCUUCUUCAUCCAGAGGACCCGAUGGGUGAAGGGGAGGCAGACGUUGAACAAUGUAUUCUUCUGGAUCUCCAUGAUAAUGGGUCUCAGCAUGAUCUGCGCCCUCUACGUCCUCGUUUAA